AUGGGUGACUACCUCACUGAACAACAACACACGAGAGACCCUAAACGAAAACCGUCUACAACGAUACCCAUAGACCAUUCAAAUGAGAGGAAUUCGACCGAUAUACCACGAAUACCAGUGAUACCGGUGCACCCAGAUGACUGGCAGGACAGCCGUCCGACCCACAACUUGAAUGAGACGAUUACAAAGACAGACUGGUGGAAAGCAGUAUCUUUCCUGGAACUUGAAUACAGGAAGAGACCGGUAGAUUACACUUGUAAGAAUGUCACAAAACGCAGUAACUACGAAGUCUGCUAUGACGAGCAGUUCAAACUAGGCAAACCGUGUUUAGUUUACUCAUUCGGAAUUGCGAACGACUUUUCAUUUGAUGACGAAAUGGCAACGAUAGAUGGAUGUGAAGUGCACUCUUUCGACCCCAGUAUGGGAGUAAAAGAUCACGUGAGGAAAUCAUCGGUCCACUUCCAUAACAUCGGCAUAGGUGGUGUGGUCAUCGAAAACUUAGACGCGCGGAGGGAUAUAUAUGUGACAGAACAACAAACAUGGAUGGUCAUGACACUAAAAACUAUCAUGGCAGCUUUAGGUCACGCAGAUAGGGACAUUGACGUGUUAAAGAUCGAUGUGGAGGGCAGUGAAUGGGAUGUUGUUGAGUAUCUCUUGGAAAACGGAAUGUUACCCAGGAUCAAACAGUUUCUUACGGAGUGGCACAUAUUCAGCAAUUGGCCACAUAGAUCGAAAAACCCGAAAAAUUUGGAACUGUUUAGAAGAAUUCAACAAGCGGGAUUUAAGAAAUUCUCCUCCUACAUGCAUACAUUGAUACAUAAUCCAGAGUGGGUUCAUCUACAGGCCGAUACCUUCUACGUCAACACACUUUAUAACUCGAGCAGGCGCCAUUGAUAUGCAAAACAUUUGUUCAAACUUUAGCGUAUGAAAGAAAUGAUAAUUCAUACAGGUUAUUCUCAAAUUGAAUGACCUGGUACAUGUAUGUUGGUUCUUAAAUUCAGACUCAUAUGAAAUCAAAAUUCGUGGGUACAAAUUAACGUUAUAGGCAUGACAAUAAUUUGUCGGGACAAUUGGUGAAUCAUUUGAUAUUUCUUAUUAU